AUGACCCAUUCCAUUAAUGGUUACUACGACACGCAACACGUUUUGGAAUAUGCACUAGAUCGAGCUGAGUACAUUGUGGAAAGCGCUCGACAGCGCCCCGCUAGGAGACGGCUUUCCUCGGGCGGAAGGAAGAGUUUGUAUCAGAAGCUCUACGAGCUCUACGUAGAAGAAUGCGAGAAGGAGCCAGAGUUGAAGAAUUUCAGGAGGAACGUGAAACUGCUGGACAAGUUGCUGUCUCAGGAGUCUGUUUCUUGUCUGGUGGUCAACUUGUAUGCCGGCAACGACGGCUACUCGCUCAUGCUCAGGGGCAAGAAUGGAUCCGAUUCCGAAACCAUCCGACUGCCGUACGAAGAAGGAGAACUUCUGGAGUACUUGGACGCCGAGGAGUUGCCGCCCGUUCUGGUCGACCUGCUAGAAAAGUCGCAGGUGAACAUCUUCCACUGUGGCUGCGUCCUGGUGGAGGUGCGGGAUUACCGGCAGUGCGGCAACACCAAGAUGCCGUCGUACCAGAGCAGACACGUGCUGCUCAGGCCCACCAUGCAGACUCUGGUUUGUGACGUCCACGCCAUGACCAGCGACCAUCACAAGUGGACGCAGGAUGACAAGUUGCAGCUGGAGAGCCAGCUGAUCCUGGCCACGGCCGAGCCCCUGUGCCUGGACCCGUCCAUCUCGGUCACUUGCGCCGCCAACCGGCUGCUCUACAACAAACAAAAAAUGAACACUCGCGCCAUGAAACGGUGUUUCAAGAGGCACUCGCGGGCGGCGCUGAACCGCCAGCAGGAGCUGUCGCAGCUGCCCGUGCCGCGCCAACUGCGCCUCUACGACUACCUGCAAAAGCGCAAGGAGAGGAAAGCCGCUCCCGUCAUCGACUUGAAGAUCUCCAAAAUCGGAAACUGUGUGGACAUGUGGCGCCAAAACAGCUGCCAGCUCAGCGUUCCCAAAGAAAUCGACGUGGAGAAAUACGCCGUGGUAGAGAAAUCCAUACAGCUGGAAGAUUCUCAGCCCCCUUCUGUCAUCUGGCCCGCCGAGGAGACGGUGGACGACUACACCUUCGAAUGCGAGGUGGGGGGUCAGGCCCAGAGGACCAAGGUGUCCGUUUUCCAGUCGCCGGGUGACCCGCUGGUAUACGGCAAGAUCUACUGCACCAAAGACGUCAGAGCCGAGGAAGACGGCGCGGACCUGAAGCUCACGCAUCCCCCGUUCCUCAUCGGCUCCAAGACGGACGCCGAGCGGUUCCUGGCGCAGUACAAAUGCGUGUACGAGAGGGAUGUCAAGUGUCAGGUCAAGAUGUCCCACAAUUCUGGCAGCCUGGGGCCGCCGCCCGCUUCCCCCGACAAGGACGAGGGCGACGGCUUUUCUCCGCCGGUCCAGAUGUCCUCGUUGGGCAAAGUGGCGAAGCACCGGCCGCAGCCCGUCAAAAUUCCGCCGGGAUCCUCCUCAGGUAACCCGUACAGUUCCCAGACCGCGAGCGGACUUCUCAAGUGUCCGACGCCACCGCCCCCCGCCAAGGGCCAGCAGCCUCUGAACAGGAAACACUCCGUGGAGCUAGGACAGGCGGGCCUGCUGUCCCCUGCCUCGCUUUCGCCCAUGAGCUCUGCGCAGAGAUCGGGCACCCCCAAGCCCUCCGGCCCCGGCAACGCGCCGUGCUCGACGCCGCACCCCGCCGACUCCCUGGGGCCCCCGCCGGGAACGCCCACCCCCCCGGAGGCGCAGCCCGCCCUGCUGACGCCCUUCCCCCUCAGCCAGCCGCUGCCCGUCAUGACCAUCCCGCUGCCCGUCACCACGGGCGCCGCCUCCUCGCCGGUGGCGGCCAACCCGGCCGGCCUCAACUUCAUCAACGUGGUCAGCUCGGUCUGCAACCCCCAGACGCUGAUGGGCGGCUCCGUGCUCGGUCCCGGGCUCAACCUGAGCGGAUUCCCGCCGUCCGGGGGCCUGGUGCCCUCCGUGCAGCCCGCCGCGCAGACAGGGAGCCAUUUUGGUCUGAACAGCGGCGCCGGGCUGAGACCGCUCAACUUGCUGCAGAUCCCAACUGGUCCGCUCAUCUUCAACCCGGUGCAGCAACAGCAGUUCUCCCCGCAGAGCCGCUCGGCCGCUUCCAGCCCUCAGCAGCAGGGGGACGCGGGGGAUCAGGGCGCCGAUUCCGCUUUGGCCAACCAGCAGACGGCUGUCAUCAACUUGGGUGUGGGCGGCUUCAUGUCUUCGCAAACCGCAGUUCCCAACUUCCUGUCCGGGCUUCCGCCGCCUUCUCCGAGGCUUCGGCUGCAGCACCGGCCUCAGAUCCAAUCGCAAUUCUUGCAGCACCAAAUGCGGCGGCAAAUGGCUACGGCGGCGGCGGAGGGCCGGCGGCGUACCGCCAACCGAGCAAGAAGUAGGAGGAAGGGGAGCACGCAGCGGCCCCUCCCUAAACCUCGCCAGACGGAAACGUUGCCUGGACACGAGUGA